CAUUACUGCUGUGGAUUCCUUUUCUCCUCCUCCUCCUGUUUUGCAGGACGGACGCACCGGGAACUCGUGCAAGAUUUCGCCACCUCCGCCGUCCCUAUAAGCGCGGAAGAACGGGCGGGAGCCCCUCACGCCGCCGACUGCCGCCACCCGCCGCCGCAGAAAGAAAGCGCUCCACCGAGCGGCCGUCCCUCCGAUCCUCCGCGAGCCGCGCGCUCCCUCGAUCGCGCAGGUCAAGUGAGCUGUAAGCACUAGUCAAAGAUGGGCGAGGGACAUGAAACCGACAAGAACAUCGAGGUAUGGAAGGUCAAGAAGCUCAUCAAGGCGCUUGAUGCUGCCAGGGGCAACGGUACAAGUAUGAUCUCGCUCAUCAUGCCGCCUCGUGAUCAGAUCUCUCGAGUCACCAAGAUGCUGGGUGAUGAGUAUGGAACUGCCUCUAACAUCAAGAGCAGAGUCAACCGGCAGUCCGUGUUGGCUGCCAUAACCUCUGCCCAACAGAGGUUGAAGCUGUACAAUCGAGUUCCCCCCAAUGGAUUGGUGCUCUAUACUGGGACUAUUGUCACCGAUGACGGCAAAGAAAAGAAGGUUACCUUCGACUUUGAGCCGUUCAGGGCAAUUAAUGCUUCACUGUAUCUCUGUGACAACAAAUUCCACACUGAGGCACUGAAUGAACUUCUGGAAUCUGAUGACAAGUUCGGUUUCAUAAUCAUGGAUGGCAAUGGAACACUCUACGGCACACUGAGUGGCAACAGCAGGGAGGUUCUUUACAGGUUCAACGUUGAUCUCCCAAAGAAGCACGGCCGAGGCGGGCAAUCUGCUGUCCGCUUUGCCCGCCUGCGCAUGGAGAGGCGUCACAACUACUUGCGAAAGGUGGCCGAGCUUGCUACCCAGUUCUUCAUCAAUCCAGGCACCAACCAGGCAAACAUUGCCGGGCUCAUUCUUGCUGGCUCUGCCGAUUUCAAGACCGAGCUGGGAAAAUCUGAGAUGUUCGAUCCACGCUUGCAAGCCAAGGUAAUCAAAACUCUCGACGUGUCGUAUGGAGGAGAGAGUGGCUUCAACCAAGCCAUCGAGAUGUCCGCCGAGGUGCUGUCCGACGUCAAGUUUGUCCAGGAAAAGAAGCUGAUCGGGAAGUACUUCGAGGAGAUCAGCCAGGACACUGGGAAGUAUGUCCUAGGGGUGAAGGACAGCAUGACGGCUCUUGAGCUGGGUGCUGUGGACACGCUGAUCGUGUGGGAGAACCUUGAUGUCAGGAGAUAUGAGCUGAAGAACAUCGCCACAGGAGAGACAGUGAUCAAGUAUCUCAACAGUGACCAGGAGGCAGACCAGAGCAACUUUGUGGACGAAGCAACGCCAGGAGAGUUCGAUGUCAUCGACAAGCCGUUGCUGCUGGAGUGGUUCGCGGAGAACUACCAGCAGUAUGGCUGCACGCUGGAGUUCGUGACCAACAGGUCACAGGAAGGAUCGCAGUUCUGCCGUGGCUUUGGUGGGAUCGGUGGGAUCCUGCGCUACCCGGCCGACAUUGCUACCUACAACGACGACGACGACAUGCUGGAUGAGGCCGAGUAUGAAGACUUCGAAUAGCAAUCAACUGAAACCCCGAUGAUGAAUCCGGUCCGGAAGGAGCCUGUGCUGGCCCCAACCGCGCCGGGACAAGACCCUGAAACAUCCAAAAAGAUCGGUGCGAGAAGGCUGAAAUGAAUUGGAAAGAUGAUCCCAGAAAUUUGAUGAUGAUGAUGCUGAUGCCAUGGCCCAUGGGGAUGAUAGGUCCUUCCCUCUUCACUCAAGCUUGGAAUUUGUGGAAGUUCUCCCAUCAGAAGAGUACAAGUAAUAGCCUAAUACCGUAUCCACAUAUUAUUAUCUCAUGUUGCUACAAAUAAUGAGCCAGCGUCAGCGCUGGCCACUGGUGACUGGUCUGCACUGCACUCUGCAGCAUACUCGUAUAUUCUAUGUGCCUGUGGGGCUUUCGUUUUUUUCCUGAGUUUGUAUUGGGUCUGUGGCUCUGCUGUUGCACUCACCAAUCACCAAUUUAAUUUUUUUUAUUAAAAGCAGAGUCGUCAUGUGCUGCUUCGCUUGAGCUUGCCAUAUGUUAAAGCGGAUGCAACAUAUGUGAGGUUUUGAUUUAUACUACUAUAAUAUACUCUCGUU